CCACGAGAUGUCGCUGCCGGACGUGACGUCAGCCAGGAGCUCGCCCGCGCCCGAGGCCUGCCCGGAGUGCGACACUAGUGCAUCUGUCACUUCUGAUCUACAUAAAUAUCAAGUGGCAUGCAACUGCAAGCCUUCAUCUGCGCAGUACGCAUGCGCGGACGACCCCGGUCCCCCUCCCCCGGCGAAGACUGAUACCCCCCCGGCGCUGCCCCCUCGGCCCCCGACUAGCGUACUGGCAGCUACGAAUAGAAGGACUAAUACAUCAGUCGGUUGCAACAACGACACGUCAUGCCGCCGCCGGAAGUACGCGUGGUGGUGCGUCGGCUGCGGAGCCCUGGCCGCGGCCCUGGGCGGUCUACUGGCGGCGCAGCACAUCCUGCUGCGGGCGUACACCGCGUCGCCGCAGCACCUGGAGACGGUGCCUGCCGCCGUCCCCGCUGCGAUGCUGGUACUGACUGGAGUCUGCAUCAUGAGUCUGGCCCGGAGACGUAACAGAUACAGUUAUAUGAUCAAAGUGGUUGGAGCUUGCUGUCUAGUAUGCGCGCUGACAUGCGUUUUGGUCACCAUUACAACUACUGUCAUACAUAUGAACAAAUUACAAACGCUGAAAUUCUGCGAGUAUACUAAACUCACCAGGACCUGCACGUGUUUUUCGAUGCCUCCUGACUUGCAGCACAGCGGGGCAGACGAUGAUGGAGUUCGCUGCGUGUUCGAAGGUGUCACUGACUGCGGUGUCGUCCACGGAGCUCUUUAUUGGUGUUUACGUGGCGUCUUCGCGUUGUCAGUAAGCGCUGUACUCGUCUGCAUCUUCAGUUGCAUGCUGGCGUAUCAAUUGCUCAGUCACGAGCGCAAGAAGAUGUAUUGGGAGCAGUUGGAAUUGCGAUGUAGGUCACUGUACCACAGGCGGUCACCCCCUGGACAAUCUGCUCCUCAACCAGGAAGACCAGUGCAGAGUAACUGCAGCUGCUGUGCCCAGUGCCGUCCCACACAGCCAUCUUGGGAUAUCAGUCUGCAGCACAGAUUCUGGGCACCAGGUCGUAUCGGCAACCUGUACUCUCCGAACCCUGGGACCGGUCGUAAAGCUUCAGCUUGGAGCUGGUUCCCUUGGCCGAGGAGUAACAGUCAGAAUUCCCGCUGCCGAAUGGGGGGCGUGCCCCAAUCUGGGGACAGCGCUUACGGUUUCUGCGACACGGACGCCGUGCCCCCCCAGAAUCCUCAGCCGUACGACGAAACAUCAUACCCUACCAACUUCAACCAGUUCCCACGCAACCAACAAGGGAAUUUCGUCCAGAAUCAAGCGAAUUUCGUCCAGAAUCAAGCCGGUUUCGUCCAGAAUCAAGCGAACUUGGGACAGAAUCAAGCGGGUUUCGGACAAGCUCAAGGGUAUCAGUAUCAAGAGGGCUACGGAGAAGCGAGCGGGAGUUUCGACGCCCAAACCGGGGUGUGGGGCCCUCCCCCCCCUUACAGUCCGCAAGGGAGGAGUGGGAGCAGACAUCACCUUCAUCACCCAGACCCAGCAACAGCAACCCUUCUCCAUCACCACCACGUGGACAUGAGGAAUUCAAUGCACGAACACCCAAACAUACAGCCACACACAUGCAGGAACUCCUACCUGAUGAACCUGCCCAUGGCCGAUGUCAGGUUGAACCCAGAACUGGCCCGUUUGAACCCGGACCUAGUUAGGUUGAACCCGGAACUGGCGAGGAUAAACCCAGAACUCAUUCGUUUGAAUCCGGAACUGGCGCGUUUGAAUCCAGAACUGGCCCGUUUGAAUCCGGAACUGGCUCGUUUGAACCCGGAACUGGCUUUACAAAUGUGGCCAGAGAAUGAGAUAGCGCAUCUGCCUGAAGGGAGGCUCAACACUCUGAGGGGGCAUUUAGUGCCCCACACGGCAAGAGGGUGCCAGAGGUCUUUAGGUCUAAGCGCCGGUAACAUCCACAGGGAGUGCAGGGCUGAUGACAAUGUCACUAUCGAAUGCUUGCACCAGAAAAGCGCCAGUAAAGUUUCAGAUCAGAGCACAGAUUCCUGUCCCAAACAGGGCAAGGAGAAUCUAGGAUUUCAGAACGACAAGCAUUCUCCUAUAAGGUCUUCAAUGCAAGACUGCCACCGUAAUGUAAAUCAGAAUGCCGAGUCUGAAGUGUACUUCGCCGACGUUUCCAGUUGCUGUAAUGUUUCUGUCAAGGCUGACUGUUGCAUGAACGCCAACGUAUCAGCUCUUGUUGGAACGAUCGAGAAUCAUCCAGAAUCUACAUCUGAAUCAGACACUGGCUCCUUCACAUUGACGCGACAACAGCGCCCCCAACCCCAAGUUGGAUCAAAACGGCGACCGCGUCAAGAGAAACAUUUGAAAAACAAUGAAAAAAUAAGACAAGACCAUAUAAGAAUGAGCGAACAACAAUUGUUUGAACAACUAAAUAAUUCGAUGAGAAUGAGCGAUAGGAUGAACGAACGGAUUUUAAGUGAACGAAACGAGUCUAGGGACCGAUUGAAUGAGUCGAGAGAUAGGUUGAAUGAUUCUAGAAUGGAUUCCAGAAUGAAUGAAACACGAUUGAGUGAACGCAUGAGUGAUUCCAGAGAUAGACUGAAUGAUUCCAGAAUCGAACGGCUGAACGAAUCGAGGAUUGAAAGAAUGAAUGAUUCCAGGAUUAGUGACAGGAUGAAUGAAACUAGAAUGAGUGACAGGAUGAAUGAAACUAGAAUGAGUGACAGGAUGAAUGAUUCCAGAAUCAGUGAUAGAAUGAAUGACUCUAGAAUCACUGACAGAAUGAACGAUACUAGAAUCAGUGACAGAAUGAACGAUACUAGAAUCAGCGACAGAAUGAACGAUACUAGAAUCAGUGAUAGAAUGAACGAUACUAGAAUCAGUGACAGAAUGAACGAUACUAGAAUCAGUGACAGAAUGAACGAUACUAGAAUCAGUGAUAGAAUGAAUGACACAAGGAUCAGUGACAGAUUGAACGAAUCCAGAAUAAGUGACAGGAUCGAGGAUAGAAGAAUGUCCGAUCUGAACUCUAGCAUCAGAAUUGAUGGUAGUCCCAAAAUGCGAGCUCACAUGAGCCCUUUGCGGAUGCCUAGGUCUAGUCCUAAGAAUUUACCUAAAGAACAUCUUAGGCAGUCGAGUUCCGACUCAUCUAAACCUGAAUUCUUUGUCCCUCCCCCUCCUAAUCAUUCUCCACUGUCGCCUAACACUGAAGAAUCGCUAUUAUCAGACGAUGAUGGAAAAGAUCAAGUUUACUCAAAUGAACCUGAGUCUUCCAAGUGCUUAGGUCCCGAUUCUCAAUACGAACCGGUGAGGGAAGAGAAGGAUGAGAUAUUGAAGACAAAUCAUCAUCAUUGCUAUAGUGAUACUAAUACUAUGGACUCUGGAUGGCAGAGCGGCUCGGAAAAACAAGUCACAGAUUAGAUAUGCUCUUGUAAUUAAUGGUAUUUUUUAAUACCUCACCAUUUAAGAAGCAACAUUGUGAAGGUUCAAAUUUUUGUUGCCAGAACUGCUGCCAAUAAAAAGAACUGUUUCUGGUAGCAAAAUUGAGAAAAUUUCAGUGUAAUGUUGCUUUUGCCCGAUUUUUGCCAAUUUUUUGACAAUAAUGUCAAUGUAAGAUUAUGGUAACAUGACACGUUUUGAUGGCAGAAGAAAAAAAAAUGAUGCGGAACGGAUUCUGACGAUAUUUGUCUAAAAAAUUAAGUUAAGUCUAAUAAUUGGAAUUGCCAAGAAAUAAAGUGAAUUGUAUCCAUGUGUUCUAUAUUUGUAAGAAAACGUUUUGAAUUGUAUAAAUUAAUGAUUUCUAUACUCUUAUUUAACUAGUUGUUUUUAAUGUUUAACAGUUGUAUUUAUUAAGGUAAUUUAUCUUAAAUUCACCGUAUUAUUUACUUUUGUUGCCAUGAAAUGAGUACUCUUUAAGAACUUGAGAAUUUUACUAAUAAUCUCGUAAUUUACAAGAAUC